CCACUGUAAUGACUCAUAGUUCAUUAUUUUAAAAUUAUAAUGCAAAUAAUUAAAUAAUAUUUUAAAGACAAGCAGGAUGCAACAUUCACAAUAUAAUAGGUUGCUACUGCGGACCACAUGGACUAGGAUCUAGGAAACAUCAACCAUUACGAUCAUAUGAUAUAUGCAGAGGUGAACUGAUCUAUAUAUAAAUCAUACAAUGAUGCAUUAGAUUAGUGAAUUAAGGAAAUCCCAAUGCUUUUGUCCAAUAUCACUCACUUGAUUAAGCCAUUUGGUCUACUUCAAUCACAACUUGCAAAUAAAUUUGCUUUUAAUAAAUUGCAAAUUAAUGCAUGUCCUCUUCUUGGAUUAUAGUUUUUAUUCAAUGAAUCAUAGACUAUAAAAAGGCCAUGAUAACAUGUAUUGGGAGAAAUGGACGAACUAACCAAUAAUUCAAACAGAUUGUAUCUGGAAAUGAAGAUCUCUAUUUGAGGUCAUGUUAAGGGGUAAUAAUGACAUUAUUUGAGGUCCCUCACACCAAACCCAAUUUGAUUUAUUUUAGUAACAGAAGACCCUAACUCCUUAUAUAUAUGCUUCUCCAUGAAACCAUUCUCCAAACAAUCAAACAUGGCUGAUAUACAAGAAUUCACUAUACCAGUUAUCGCCUUUUUAGCAUCCAUUAUCUUAGUCCAAUUAAUUGCCAGAAACCGGCACAAGACUCGCCUACCACCAAGCCCAACAAGCCUGCCAAUUAUUGGGCAUAUGCACCAUCUUGGUCCUAUUCCUCACCAAGCAUUUCACAAGCUAUCAUUGAAAUAUGGACCCUUAAUUUACUUCUUCAUAGGGUCAAAACCUUCUCUCCUUGCUUCAUCCCCUGAAUUAGCAAAAGAAAUUCUCAAAACCCAUGAAUCUAAUUUCAUGAGUCGCCCCAAAGUAGCAAACCUCGACUACCUUACAUAUGGUUCAGCUGAUUUUGCCACCAUUCCAUAUGGACCUUAUUGGAAGUUCAUGAAGAAAUUAUGCAUGACUGAACUUCUCGGUACUCGAACACUAGAGCAAUUCCUUCCAAUUAGGCGUCGAGAAAUUAAUCGGUUCUUGAACUUCUUACUGAAGAAAGCAGCAACAGGUGAGGCAGUCAAUGUUGGAGGUGAGCUUAUGAGGUUGACAAAUAACAUAAUAUCAAGCAUGUUAUUGAGAACGAGGUGUUCUGAUAUGGAAAGUGACGCUGAUGAGGUGCGGAAGAUGGUUAAAGAAUUGAAUGAGCUUGGCGCAAAGUUUAAUUUCUCGGAUUCAUUUUGGUUCUGUAAGCAUAUAGAUUUGCAGGGCUUUGGGAAAAGACUCAAGGAAGCUCGUGACAAAUACGAUGCUAUGAUUGAGAGGGUCAUCAAAGAACAUGAAGAGGAAAGGAAGAAGGACGUGAAGGAUAGAGGUGAUGUUGUCAAGGACUUGCUUGAUAUAUUACUGGAUAUAUAUGAAGAUGAGAGUGCAGAGAUCAGAUUGACCAGAGAAAAUGUCAAGGCUUUCAUUAUGAACAUAUUCGGAGCAGGAACAGACACAUCUUCAAUUACAGUAGAGUGGGGACUCGCAGAGCUCAUAAACCACCCACAAGUGAUGGAGAAAGCAAGAAUAGAGAUCAAUUCAAUUGUCGGGGAAAGCAGAAUAGUUGAGGAAUCAGACAUACCUAACCUUCCAUAUCUCCAAGCCAUUGUAAAGGAAGUACUAAGGCUCCACCCAACUGGGCCAUUAAUAGUGAGAGAAUCCAGCGAAGAUUGCACAAUCGGUGACUAUAAUAUCCCAGCAAAGACCAGAGUCUUUGUCAAUGUUUGGUCUCUUGGUAGAGACCCAAAUUAUUGGAAAGACCCACUUGAGUUCAAGCCAGAGAGGUUUAUGGGUCAAGAAUGGAUUGGGAAAAGUAACAUGUUGGAUGUAAGAGGACAACAUUUUCAUAUGUUGCCAUUUGGGGCUGGAAGAAGAAGCUGUCCUGGAGCUUCACUUGCACUGCAAUUUGUUCCGACCACGCUUGCUGCAAUGAUCCAGUGCUUCGACUGGAAGGUUAGUGAUGGAGAGAAUGGUUUUGUUGACAUGGAAGAAGGACCUGGACUGACCCUUCCAAGGGCCAAUUCUUUAGUCUGUGUCCCUGUACCUAGGUUUAAUCCAUUCCCAUCAAUUUGAUAUUUUUAUGUGUAUGGGCUUUAUAUCGGAGUGGGUUUCCUGCAGCCCAUUAAGUUAUUAUGGGCUUUUUAGUGGAGUGUUUAAUGCUGCUCAUU